AUGACUCUUCUGCCUCGUAUUUCUAAUCGUGUCCUCUCUGACUUUAUCCUUAAUGGCUUGCAACACGGGUUCCCCAUUGGCCACUCUGGUGCUUCUGUAUCUAUCAUCUCCGGCAACCUCCCAACUGCCAUUGAACAUGCUCAGUUUGUACAACAACAAAUUGCUGACCGGGUCCGACGUGACGAAUCGGCCGGUCCUUUCUCGGUCCAGCCUUUCCACCCAUUUGUAUGCUCUCCGCUCGGCGUAGUGCCCAAGAACAACGGGAAAUUCCGCCUCAUUCACCACUUGUCUUACCCUGACCGUAUGUCUGUCAAUGAUGGAAUAAACAAGGAUUUGUUCUCCCUACAUUAUGUCACAGUGGACGAUGCCAUUGAGCGUCUGCAACGUCAAGGUACCGGUGCCUUGAUGGCGAAGCUCGACAUACACAAUGCAUUUCGACUGGUCCCGGUCGCACCCACUGCAUACCAUUUGUUGGGUUUCCAGUGGCAGGGCCAAUUCUACUAUGACAAACGUCUGAACGUAGUCCUCUCCGUAUUCCGCUACCUGGGAGUUCCCAUUGCCGACGAAAAGACAGUCGGCCCAACCUCCUGUCUCACCUUCCUGGGCAUCGAACUGGACUCCGUCCAGAAAGUGGCUCGUCUCCCACAGGACAAGGUUGACGACAUCCGCUCCAGACUAUUGGCCUUUCGCCAACGCCAAUCCUGCCGUCUACGGGAGCUUGAACAGCUGUUGGGCAAGCUGAACUUUGCCAGCCGCGUCAUCACGCCGGGCCGUACAUUCAUGCGCCGACUGUACGAUGCCACGCGCAACGUUUCCAAGCCCUACCACCGCAUCCGUCUCUCCCCAGAAUGUCAUCUGGACCUUCUUUGGUGGUCUUACCUACUCGAUGGCUGGAAUGGCAAGUCAUUCUUCCUCGAUCUCCAGGAGACUCUGGCCAGCGACAUCCUGAUAGAAACUGACGCAUCUGGCGCCAUUGGGCAUGGUGCAGUUUACGGCACGCAUUGGUUCGCCGACACCUGGUCACCACAACACACUCCGCUCUGCAUUACGUUCAAGGAGCUGUACCCCAUCUGCAUUGCAUGUGCUACGUGGGGCCACCAGUGGUGUCGCAAGCGUAUCCGCUUCCAUACCGACAACGAAGCUGUCGCCGCUGUUCUCAAGUCUGGCACCAGUCGCUGCCCUAAUGUGAUGUCACUCCUACGGCAGCUCUUCUUCAUCUGCGCCAAGGGUAAUUUUAUGGUCACCGCCCGUCACAUACCGGGAACUACCAACAUCCUUGCUGACGCUCUCUCCAGGCAAGAUUUCAAGCGAUUCCAUUCGUGCCACCCUACCGCCGCUCACAUGCCCACUCCCGUGCGUGCUCUUCCGUCCAUUCCUGGGGAGACUUCGGCCGUGCCUUGCACAGCCGAGUGA